AUGAGCAAUCGCAACAGCGCCGCCGAUUAUGACAUAGAUAUGCAGCUGGCCAAAGCGGCCGGCAUCGAUGCCUUCGCACUAAACGUCGGCACCAACACGUUCACAGACCAGCAGCUCGACUAUGCAUACGAGUCGGCCGCGAAAAAUGACAUGAAGGUCUUCAUCAGCUACGACUUCAACUGGUACUCACCCUACGAACUGAACGACAUUGAAGUCGCCAAGAAGAUUGGGCAAUCCAUUGCCAAGUACUCGCAGAAACCGGCCCAGCUUAAGGUUGGGAACAAGAUCUUUGCCUCCUCCUUUGUGGGCGAUGGCUUCAAUGUCGACGUCAUGCGGAAUGCUGCACGGGCGGCUGGGCGUAUUGAAGUCUACUGGGUCCCCAACUUUCACCCCGGCCAAUCUGAUGUCAGCAAAAUCGAGGGUGCUCUGAACUGGAUGGGAUGGGAUCACAACGGCAACAACAGAGCACCCACUCAGGGUCGUUACGUGUCAGUUGCUCAAGGUGAUCAAGAGUACAAGAAUUGGCUAGGCACCAAGCACUACAUGGCCCCUGUAUCCCCAUGGUUCUUUACUCACUUCGGCAAGGAAGUCUCUUACACCAAGAACUGGGUGUUCCCCAGUGAUUUGCUGUGGUAUAACCGAUGGAACGAGAUUCUGACGUUGCAGCCCGACUCUGUUCAGAUUGUGUCGUGGAACGACUACGGCGAGAGUCACUAUGUCGCGCCGCUUUCCUCCAAGCACGUCGAUGAUGGGUCGUCCAAGUGGGCCAACGAUAUGCCACACAACGGCUGGCUCGAAAUGGCGAAGCCCUACAUAGCCGCCUACAAAGCAGGCGCCACGUCUGUCGCGAACUACAUCAAAUCCGAUCAAAUCAUCUACUGGUACCGGCCAACCCGGCGAGACGUUAAUUGCGACUUGACCGACACUGCGCUCGACGGCAAACCGAAUGGUUGGCAAAGCCUAACCGACAACGUCUUCGUUGUUGCCCUGUUAACGUAUCCCGGAACCGUGACGGUCACGUCGGGCAACAAUGUCCAGGCUUUCAGACUGGAUGCUGGAGCAACCGCAUUCCAAGUUCCCCUGGGCGUCGGCAAGCAAAAGUUCGUUCUAACACGCGACUGCACCACCGUCAUGACCGGGACCUCACUGAAGGAGGUGUCGUCCAGCUGUGUCUGCGGCAUCUACAACUUCAACGCAUACGUUGGCACCCUUCCACCUGGCCCAUCAGAUCCCCUCGGCCCCGAUGGUCUCGUCAACUUCCUGCCGGGACUGAAGACCAACUGCGCCGCCAAACCGUCGCUCGGUGUCUCCCCGGCGGCAACAUGCACAUCUUCGGGUGCAUCUGCAGAGAGUUCGGCGACGGCAACGGCUUCUGUAUCUGAUGUUCCAGUCGCAACCAUUACUUCCCCGCCGAGCUCAGAGACGGAGGAAUCCGCACUCAGCAAGAAGUGGCAUUCUUUCACAUCUCGUUUCUCGAACAAGAUUUCGUAG